AUGGAACAACUUUGGGAUGGACAUCAGAACCUUGUUAAUUUAAGGGAAAUUGACGUUUCAAAUUGCAAGAAUUUAAGGAAGCUGCCUAAUCUUUCCGAAGCCAUCAACCUUGAACUCCUUUGUUGCAAUGGCUGUAAAAGUUUGGUUGAAUUUUGGAUUGAAGAUGGUCAUACCGGCCUUGUUAAUUUAAGGCAAAUUUGCUUUCGUGGGUGUGUGAAUUUAAGGAAGAUACCUAAUUUUUCAAGAUCCAUCAACCUUGAAGUCCUUGAUUGCUCUAACUGCAAAAGUUUGGUUGAACUUUGGAAUGAAGAUGAUCAUAUGGGCCUUGUUAAUUUAAGGCAAAUUUGCUUUGCUGGGUGCGUGAAUUUAAGGAAGAUACCUAAUUUUUCAAAAGCCAUCAACCUUAAAGUCCUUGAUUGCUCAAACUGCAAAAGUUUGGUUGAACUUUGGAAUGAAGAUAAUCAGAUGGGCCUUGUUAAUUUAAGGCAAAUUUGCUUUGCUGGGUGCGUGAAUUUAAGGAAGAUACCUAAUUUUUCAAAAGCCAUCAACCUUAAAGUCCUUGAUUGCUCUAACUGCAAAAGUUUGGUUGAACUUUGGAAUGAAGAUGAUCAUAUGGGACUUGUUAAUUUAAGGCAAAUUUGCUUUGCUGGGUGCGUGAAUUUAAGGAAGAUACCUAAUUUUUCAAAAGCCAUCAACCUUGAAGUCCUUGAUUGCUCUAACUGCAAAAGUUUAGUUGAACUUUGGAAUGAAGAUGAUCAUAUGUCCCUUGUUAAGUUAAAGGAAAUUCGCUGUGGUGGGUGCGAGUCUCUUGUUAAGUUAAAGGAAAUUCGCUGUGGUGGGUGCGUGAAUUUAAGGAAGAUACCUAAUCUAUCAGGAGCCAUCAACAUUAAACUCCUUGAUUGUUCUAACUGUGAAAGUGUGGUUGAACUUCCCUGCCUCAAUCAGUUGGCAUCUCUUGCUGAGCUUCUACUUUAUGGAUGUUCUCUUCUCAAGAAGUUUCCUCAAGUCCCAAGUCACUUUAUUUCUUUAAAUUUAUCAGGAACCGGAAUAGAAGAAGUGCCUGAUUCAAUUAAGAAUCUCCACAAACUUGAAACUUUGCUGUUGGGGAAGUCGCAGGUAAAAAAGGUAUCGAUCAAGUUGGAAUUCCUUCGUGAAUUGGAUCUUAGUGGUUGCCCAAUUACAGAACUGCCUUUCGACUCUCUAUGUAAUCUUCAGCACUUAAAUAUGAGUGGCUCAGCGGUUAAAAAUGUAUCAAUCAAGUUGGAAUCUCUUCGUUAUCUGCAUCUUAGUGGUUGCCCAAUGGUCGAAUUACUCUCAGAGCUUCCACCAUAUCUGGAAGUCUUGAGUGUAAAUGACUGCAAAUCGUUAGAAAAAGUAUCCUUUGCAGAUCAAAAUUUAAAUCAGUUUGAUUCUUUAGAUGAUGAGUUUUGAAUAAAUCAUGAAUUUUUGAUGCAAUUCCAUAAUUGCUUCAACUUGAAUCAAGAGUCAACUAAAAACAUUGAGGCAAAUGCCAUGCUCAAAAUUGGAUCCCUAGCUAAGGAAUGGGCAGCGACAUAUGGUAGGAAAUACUUUCGUGAUAACCCUCAAAAUUUGAUUUGUUGUUUCCCAGGGAACGAAAUUUCAGCAAAUAAGUUCAAUUAUGGGAGCUUGAAUUCUUCCUUAAGUUUGAAGAUAGCCCCAAAUGGGGGUAGUAGGAGUAGAUUUUUGGUUUUUGCUAUCUUCCUUGUGGCUAAACUCGCUCACCGCCAUGACUUUCUACAUCUUCUAUGUAGUUGUGAGUACCAACUUACAGCCGCUGGUGGUGGCAAUGGUGGAGGUGGUUGUGAAAAUUUCAGAAGUGAGGUAUCUUUCUUCAGUCUUUUUGAGCCAGAUAAGUACAUGGGUUAUCACGUGUUUAUUCUAUCUAGCAUCGACAUGGUUAUAGAAGACAAGAAUUAUGAGGAGGCAUCGUUCAAAUUCUACAUCAGACAUUUGGAUUUUAGAACAGAAGGAGAAAAGUAUAUCAAGGUGGAGAGAUGUGGUGUCCAUGUUUUUUACGUGGAUAAAAAGAGUGAUUUAGAUGCUACUGAAAAGAGAGUUGCUGGGAACAAAAGAAGCUUUAGCCAUGAUGGUGAAGAAGGGGAUGGAGGACUUAAAAGAUUGAAAUAGUUUGUAUUUCUUUCCAUCUUUGGCCAUCUUUGGCUCAGCUUUUGAGGAAUUUCAACUUCUCAAUUAUGUCACCCAAGUGCAUAGGACCAGUGGUGGACUCGAUUCAGCUUCAUUGUUUAGUUUCCAGCAUUGGUGUCAUCUGGUAUCUCAAUACUUGCUGCAUUUUCCUUCAAUGACAUCUAGAGUCAUUAGAAAGAUUGGUUAUUUAUGCUACUGCUGAAUUGGAGCUUUAGCCAUAUAAGGAGGAGCAACUGAACUGUAAGAGCUUCAAUUUGUUUUGCUGAAUGCUUGCUUUAUACAAGUUGUAGUGGGCCAAAUUUGCCCGAGCCCACUAGAAACCCAAAUAUAUAUAAUAAAUAAAUAAAUAAAUAUAUAUUAAACCCAACAAAUAUUAUAACAGUCCAUUAAUGUCCUAUUACAAGCCCAAAGACCCAAAACAGUCCCUCUAGCCCAAAUCUAGUGGCCCAAUACCUAAAAUGAGCCCAAACGGCCCGAAAGCCAAGGUAAGUUUCCGCAAACCCUAGGGCAGAAGGGGUCCUCACGCCGCAGCCUUCACGAGCAGCAACCACAACAGCACAGCCCUCGCUCCGUACUCCUCACGCCAAGCGCCAGCACGAUCCCCGUACACGCACCCGUACCUACAAACCAACAAGGCAGACACAACAGCAAAUGCAAACAAAAGAAAAAAACAUUGUAUUUUGAUUUAUUUUUUCUUUCUUUUUCGGCUAUAAAGCCGGGAUCUCUAAUCAUUGUAAAGGUUACGAACGGACGCAAUACAACAAAGAAAUAGAAAAAGCAGAAAUCACGAAACAAGAGGUGAUUUUUCAAGUCUGUUCAUUCUUUUAUUUUUCUCCUCAUUUUUGCUUGCGAUUUCAGCAUGAAAGAAAGAGAUAUUUGAAACGACACCGAUGAACACCCAAGUAUUUCGAAAAUAAGGAGAUUCGGGCGAGGGUCGAAUGUUUUUCUUUGAAUUUUUGCUUCAUUUUUUUGUUUUCUUUCAAGAGUGAAAUGCGAUUUAAAGAUUUAUUUUUUUUUAAAAAAAAUGGAAAGGGAAAGGAGUGGCUCACCAGAUCUCCGUGGUUGCGACCUCCGUCGGCAGAGUCUGGUGGUUCGCGUCGUCGGCUAUCGAACUGACGGCGGUCUGGCUGCUGUAUGUAGAGCCAAACCCUAGCAGAGCAAGGGUUCUCCUUCCUUUUCUUUUUCACCUGCGUUU